UCGUGGCAGCUCUCUAUAAAAAGAGGCGAAAAGCUGUCUUCAAUCAUCAUUUAUCAUACUGCUGUUGGAACCAGAAGAAAACAAGAAAAAAGUUAAUCAUGAAAAUAACCUAUCUUGUCAUCGCUCUUGGAUUGCUUUGCACUUUUGCUUACGCUCAAGCGAAACUUGAAGAUGGGGUUAUGAAAGAAUCCGAUGAAAAUACCGCCCCAGUGGAAACUGUCGAGGAAGAAUUAGUAGAAAAUGAUGAUGAAAAUCCAGAAGAAGAAAAUGAUGAUGAAAAUCCAGAAGAAGAAAAUGAUGAUGAAAAUCCAGAAGAAGAAAAUGAUGAUGAAAAUCCAGAAGAAGAAAGUGAUGAUGAAACUGACCCCGAACAUGACUUAGAACAAAGUGAUGAUCGUGAACUCACAGAGAACAAUAAUGAUAUGAAAGUUGGUCCAAGUGUGGAAAAACGCUCGACUCUUUGGGGCUUUCGUCUUACUCGUCGUACCCGUCGUCGCAGUCGUCCCAGUGGUCCCAGUCGUCGUAAUUGGAAUCGCAGUCGUCGUCUUUGGGCCGAAUAUGGCAAAACCCCGUAAGGACCCUGUGGAAUGUGUAGCGAUGAAUAAGAAACAUUCAUUUGAUUCUAGACGUACUUUAAAUUGGCAUUGUUGUAUGAUUUGCCUGUAGAGAAUAGAUGUUUGCAUUGAUCAUUGACUUUGUGUGUCUUCAUCGUCUUUUUUUAUUUAUUUCAAUAAUAAGACGUUUGGUUGUUUCUCAACAAUCCUACAUAGAA